AUGGAUGGAGAGAUGGACGAAACGGAAGACCAGCCAGCUUCCGUUACCCCGGAGCUGGUGGGCAGCAAUGGCUUGUCUUAUCGACCCCGCAGCUAUCAGCUGGAGAUGCUUGAAGCGAGCCUAAAGCAAAAUAUCAUCGUUGCCAUGGAUACGGGCAGUGGAAAAACUCACAUAGCGGUGCUGCGCAUCAUCGCAGAGUUAGAACAGUGCGAUCCUAAGAAGAUGGUGUGGUUCCUGGCCCCCACGGUGGCACUGUGCCUGCAGCAGCACGAGGUCGUCGCGUCCCAAAUUCCAUCGGUCAGGACUCGGGUUCUCACAGGCCUCGACAAUAUAGAUCGCUGGACUGAUCAGGCAGUCUGGAAUAAGGCUCUGAAAGAAAUUCGCGUUGUGACCUCGACUCAUGCUGUUCUUGCCGAUGCUCUCGGCCAUGGCUUUGUGCGCAUGUCACAGUUGGCUCUCAUUAUUUUCGACGAAGCCCAUCACUGUAUGCGUAAGCAUGCGGCUAACAAGAUAAUGCAAAAUCACUAUCACCCCAGGCGGAAGGCAUUUGGCCCAAAUUCGGUUCCUCGGAUCCUUGCAUUGACUGCUAGUCCAAUUGUCAGAUCAAGCCGUCAUGAGUUACAAACAAUUGAAACAAACUUAGACGCUGUUUGCAAAACGCUUCGUACCCACCGGGCCGAGCUUCUCGAGCAUGUCCAUAGGCCGCAUUUAGAGCGUAUCAACUACCUCCCUCUGAAAGAAAAACAACGAGGAUUUGGCAGUCGACUUCUUUCGUCAUUGGAACUUUACGUUCAGUCGUUCGACUUGAGAGAUGACCCAUACAUUGAGGAGCUCCUCGAGAGGCCAGAGACACAUGAGCAAGCAGGAAAAGUGUUGAAAACAGGGAAAACAGUUUGCAGCGAGUCACUCAAGAAGUUUCUUGAUCGAAGCAAUUCAAUCUAUGCAGAGCUUGGUGGGUGGGCAACGGACUACUUCAUCCAGGCCUCGAUCGAAGCGCUGCAGCAGUCCAUUGAUACCGAUGCAUCCUUGACGAGACUUGAUCGUGUGGAGCGAGUAUUUCUCCUUGAGUUUCUCCAUGGAAUGGCCAUUAUCGAAGACGCUACUGAGGGCUUUCACUUGUCCCCGAAACUUGAGAAUUUGAUUGACUUCAUGGGAAAGAUGGACGCGCCAGCAUUCUAUGGCUUAAUAUUCGCUAAAAGGAGAGACACUGUCACAGUAAUGACUCGGCUCCUCUCACUGCACCCGUCGACCAAAGACCGUUUCCGAAUUGCAUCUUUUGUUGGAUGGUCAAGUAGCGCCCAUCGCAAGUGGACCCUGGGCGACCUUCUCUGUCAGAAUAUGCAGAAGAAUACCCUCUCCAAAUUCAGAACAGGUCGAAAGAACCUAAUUGUGUCUACUGAUGUUCUGGAAGAAGGAUUGGAUGUUAGCUCAUGUAGCCUGGUCGUAUGCUACGACGAGCCAAUGAAUCUGAAAUCUUUCAUCCAGCGCCGUGGACGUGCUCGACACCCGGACUCGACAUACGCUGUCAUGAUAUCUGAAGAUGAUGAUUCGCCAGAUCUGUUACGCAAAUGGCAACAGCUGGAAAUGGCUAUGGUUGACGCUUAUCUUGACGACCAGAGGCGACGCCGUGAAGCCUGGGAACUCGAAAAUGUCCACGAUGUGGUUACAGAUUAUCUUUUUGUGCCGUCAACAAACGCACGCCUCUCUGCGGACGAUGCAAUGCAACGCUUGCACCAUUUCUGUGACGUGCUACCCGUCAGUGAACACGUUGACAACCGCCCAACAUUCUCGUUUGAAGAGGAUUCCAGUGGACUCGUCCAAGGCACCGUCACUCUUCCCAACUGUGUACACCCGGCCGUGCGUCGGGCACAAGGCCAGGCAUGGUGGCGAACAGAACGGGCGGCCCGAAAAGAGGCAGCCUUCCGUGCAUACGAAGCCCUCUACAAAUAUGGACUGGUGAAUGAUAAUCUGCUGCCCCUGAGUCGGAAGACCGAGCCUCAAUUCGCCGACGAAGAGAAAAUACCGGCCAUAGUGAAAGCAUCAGCACAAUAUGACCCCUACGUGGAAUUAGCGCAUAUCUGGCAGACCCCUGAACCUCAGCUUUACAAGACUACGAUCGAGAUGAAGAAUCGCGAUACCGGGGUGAUAGAUGAAGAUCUGUCAAUAUCAAUCAUCUUACCCAAGUCAACACCCAUGCCAGACCCUAUUAAUAUCUUCUGGGAGAGCGAUGUCACAUUGGUGGCCAUAUUUACGACUCCGGAGCUCUUCGAUGGAGUCACGACGGAGACAAUCAAGGUUUUGCAGAACAUCACUGCGCUCUAUCUCCAAGCUCCUAGUUCCCGCGUGCAGUCAGCCACCCGAGACUAUGUAGCGCUUUUUGCUCCCAACGUCCUCCACGAGAAUCUCAAAGAUUGGAUUGAUAGGUAUGAUGGAUCGGAGCAGGCUCUUGACGUACAUACUCGAGAUGCUUUGACACCUCCACUUGGAAUCAUCCGCGACAGGGCCAAGUUUAGUGAACCUCGCCUGUUUAGAAGAUGGCUACAACCCGCCGACACGAAAGGUGGACUGGAGAUCGAAUGUCAUUCCAUUCCAAAACGACGCAACUUUCUGCAAAUUAAGAGCAUUCCAGUGCCCGGUGACGAUGGUGAGCCUAUUAUCAAGGUCGCUGCUCCAAUGCCAGCUGGUAGUUGUACCAUUGACAAACUCCCUGCUUCGAAGGCCAUGUUUGGGCUUUUGAUCUCGGCUCUACUGGAUAGAUUUGAAGCCACAUCAGUUGCGCAUAGGUUAAACGAGACCAUUCUCAAGGGUGUUGGUUUUCAAACUCUGCGCCAUGUUCUUACAGCAAUAACGACGCCCAUCGCACAAGCGGAUACUCAUUAUCAGCUUUAUGAAUUCUUUGGAGACUCCGUCCUAAAAUUCACGGUUGGCUGCCAUCUCUUCUUUGAGAAUCCCAAGUGGGACGAAGGAUUGUUAUCCGAAAACCGGGACAGGUUGAUCAAGAAUCAAUACCUCGCGCGGGCCGCUCUAGAAACAGGGCUGGACAGUUUCAUCCUGAUCAACCGCUUCACGCCUCGCAAAUGGACUGCGCCCAGAGUUGGCGAAAAGACAACAUACGAACCCAUAAAACGCGAUCUCGCGAUGAAGGUACUGGCAGAUGUGGUCGAAGCCUUGAUCGGGGCAGCAUACUUGGACGGCGGAAUGCAUAGAGCACAAACUUGUCUCCAUCGAUUCCUCCCAGAUAUCACUCAUUUCACCAGUGAUGUUUCAUUUGUUAUUGGACCCUCUGAUCGAAGAACCAGCAACCUGGUUGAUUCUCAUCGUCUGGCACCUCUACUUGGAUACAACUUUAAAGACGCAUCUCUCUUGACAGAAGCUCUGACACAUGCAUCCUGCCAAUACGAUACGACCACGCAAUCCUACCAACGCCUCGAAUUCCUCGGCGAUGCCAUUUUAGAUAUGAUAGUUGCCUCGGUCCUCGCAGCUCACCCCGAAAAACUCUCCCAAGGCACAAUGACUCUCAUCAAGCACGCAGUAGUCAACGCCAACCUCCUUGCCUUCCUCUGCAUGGACCUAGCAGCACCAGAAGAUAGCACGGAUCUUGCCCAAACCUCCGACGGAAGCGCCAAAUUCACCACUCGUCACAAUGAGAUUCAUCUUUGGCGCUUCCUCCGCACCCACGGAGGCGUCGUUCAACCCCUGCUCGAUAGCUCCAUCAAACGAUACCAAGCUCUUCGCGACCAAAUUCGGGAUGCUCUCACGCACGAUUCCCAUUACCCUUGGGAACUAUUCGCCAGCCUCCGAGCCGACAAGUUCGUCUCGGACAUCGUCGAAAGCACCCUCGGAGCAAUUUUCAUUGAUUCCCAGGGCAACCUAAACCAAUGUUACGCAUUUGCCGAGCGGGUCGGACUCCUGGCGUACGUGAGACGGGUGAUAUCCGAUAACGUCAAUGUGCAGCAUCCGCGCAACGCGGCGCAGAAUAUGGUCCAGGCGUCGGGCAAUUUGGUGUUCAAGACGAAGCGGGUUGAGAAGAAGGCCUUGGGGGUUGUUACAGCGACAUAUCAGAGCACGGCGGUUCACAAUAAGCAGGAGCUUGCUUCGGUCGAGGGGUGUUGGUCGAGUGAAGAAGCUGAGGUGAAGGUUUCACAUCUUAUCAUUGCGAAGUUGAAAGAGCAGACUGGCGCUGCUAUGGACUGA